AACGGUAUGGCAUUAAAGAGUGAAAUGUUCACUGUGAAUCGAUUAGAUAACAUAAUAACAGCCAUUCAUUAAUUCAGUAGGCAAUAACAUAUUCCUUAUAAACAUUGUAAAGCCCUCAUUCUGCGAAUGUCUCCCAGCAAUGACGUAUUUGAUUUUGUUCUUAGUGUUGUGUUUGGGUGGUAAUAUUUUGGCAGAAGAUGUAUUAGUACAGCUGCCACUAGGUACAGUAAAGGGAUUGACAAGGUCAACUGCUAAGGGUACAACGUUUUAUUCCUUCCAAGGAAUACCUUAUGCUGAAAAGCCAAUCGGUGAUUUGAGAUUCCAGGUACCAGUCUCAAAGAGCAGUUGGAAUGGAACAUGGGAUGCUUCGAAAGAAGGAAGCAUAUGCAACCAGAUGAACAAUGAGCGACCAAAUCAAAGCGAAGACUGCUUAUUUAUUAAUGUGUUCACACCGAAAAUCAACGCCAACUUGCCCGUUUUGUUCUUUAUUUACGGAGGCGGAUUUAUUGAAGGUGCUUCACUUGAAGCUUACUAUGGACCUCACUUCUUGAUGGAGGAAGGAGUUGUCCUCGUUACGUUUAACUACAGGGUGGGUCCUUAUGGUUUUCUGUCAACUGGAGACGACCUCGUUCCUGGGAAUGCUGGUCUUAAAGACCAAGUAUUAGCCUUGAAAUGGGUCAAUCAGUACAUUAAGUACUUCGGGGGUGAUCCAAGUAAAGUUACAAUUUUUGGUCAGAGUGCUGGGGGUGCUUCUUGUGCGUACCAUAUUAUGAGUCCUUUAUCCAAAGGUUUAUUCAGAGCAGCAAUUUUGCUCAGUGGGACUUCUCUCAGUCCAUGGGCAUAUCAAAGAAACCCCCAGAAGUGGUCAAGGAAUUUAAUUAACCUCAUGGAUAAUGAAAACUAUGAAAAAUACAAUACCUCUCAAAAAAUAUACGAGUAUCUCAAACAGGCUCCAGCAGAAUUCAUUAACAAGGCAUCGCUCAAAGUCCAAGAACAGGACCAAUAUAAGUAUCUUCAACUGUUCCAAGGAUUUUUCUUUGCACCAGUUUAUGAACACGAGCAUGAUGGUGCUUUCAUCACAAAACCAACAUAUGAAGCACUGGAUCAGGGAGAUUUUACUAAGAUACCCAUAUUACUUGGUGCUACCAGUGAGGAAUACUACUUCUAUCUGGAUGAUAAAGAAAAUCUUAACCACAUAAUAGAAAGGCUGACAGAAAGUUACGACUCUGUGCCUGAUGAUAUGCAUGCUCUUGACGAAAACAAGGAUAAGAUCAAAGCUGAAAUUAUGAAGUUUCAUACGUUUGGGGCUAAAUACGCAGAUAAUUCUAGAGGCGUCGUAAAGCUAAUGAGCGAUCAUGACUUUGCGAAGUCUGUACUGAAGUUUGCCGAACUUCUAGCGAAACAUUCGCAAAAUCCAUACCUUUAUCAGUUCUCAUACAAAGGAGUGUUAGCAGCUCAAACGAACCAGUCAGAAAAGGGUUUCUCAGAUACGGUGGGCCACGUAGAAGAUUUGAGUUACAUUUUCAGCCAAAAUUAUCCUGGUGUAAACACGACGGACUUGACCAAAUACCCUAAGGACGAUCAGCUUAUACAGAAGAUAUUUACUACGAUGUUGACAAACUUCGCAAAAUACCUGAACCCAACACCAGAAAAGGAUGAUGUUUUACAAAAUACGAUCUGGCCUAAGACGGAUUCAGAUUUCACCUAUUUGGAUAUUGGGUCUGACAUGGAGAUCAAGACGCAUAUGAAAUCUGAUAUGUACAAUUUCUGGAACAAACUGUACGCUCAGUAUGCUGUUAGACCGUUUGACACAUAUUGAAAUAACUGGAAUCGUCAAGUUAUACUGGAACUCUCCACUAAGAGUAUUUUGAAUGUCAUUUGAUGGAUUUUAUGUCAAUAAAUAUACAUCGUUGAACAUCUAUAAUAAUUGUUACUGUUACAUACGUUGAAUUUAAAUCGAUAAUAGUGUUAUCAAGUACUGACGGUUGUUCUAAAUAUUCAUGUGAUGCCUUCAGAUGGAAGCCGAGAAAUUAAAGAAAUAUACAGAGUGUUAUCUAAUGAUAGGCCGUAGUUACAAGUGCCGAUUCCUG